UUAGGACUUCUGACAGGAGCAGCUUGUAGACUGUAAAUCAGGUUCCUAUAAAUCUGUGGCAGCUUGGGAGGAAGUGGAAAUCAUCUCAGGUGUGCUUGAAGGACACGUACAUUUACUUCCUACUAGUCUUUAAUUAUAGUUUCUCGGAGAUUGAGAAACUUGGUGUGUUCAGCUGGUUCUAAACUUCCUCUGCUAACAAGUCCCUACCUCUCCCCAACCCCACCCCACCUCACCCAAGUCUAGCACCAGAUUUUAGGGACCUGGAAGGCCCCGAGAUAAGGUCAGUUGGGAAUUUAGGGGGUCAUGGGUGUCGGAAAUAACAGGGGAGGAGGAACUGGUUUUGGCUUUAAGACGCUGGAACUUGGGAGGUUUUUACAAGACUAUUUGCAUCUUUUGCAAACAACCUUAAAGUCAUUAGCGCCCCACUGCGGAAUUCAAAGCUAAACUUGUCAUAAUUGUUAACACCUUCUUUGACCAUUUGACAAUUAUUCGCCUCUGCGCCUUUUAUUUAUGUAUUUUUAUUUAUUUAUUUUUUGCCGGCAGGAAGGUUCCUCUGUCUUGGUUUUAGGGAGCACCCUAUACGGGGAACAGCCCCUUCGCGUGCAGAAGUCAGGGGAAGAUUGCUACCGGCUGGCAGGAUGCCGGUGCAGCUGACAACAGCCCUGCGUGUGGUGGGCACCAGCCUGUUUGCCCUGGCAGUGCUCGGUGGCAUCCUGGCAGCUUACGUGACAGGCUACCAGUUCAUCCACACAGAAAAGCACUACCUGUCCUUCGGCCUGUACGGCGCCAUCCUGGGCCUGCACCUGCUCACCCAGAGCCUGUUUGCCUUCCUGGAGCACCGGCACAUGAGGCGGGCAGGCCGGCCGCUGAAGCUGCCCUCCCAGCCGCGGCGCUCAGUGGCACUCUGCAUCGCUGCCUACCAGGAGGACCCCGACUACCUGCGCAAGUGUCUGCGCUCAGCCCAGCGCAUCGCCUUCCCCAACCUUAAGGUGGUCAUGGUGGUGGACGGCAAUCGGCAGGAGGAUGCCUACAUGCUGGACAUCUUCCAUGAGGUGCUGGGCGGCACUGAGCAAGCUGGCUUCUUUGUGUGGCGCAGCAACUUCCAUGAGGCGGGUGAGGGUGAGACGGAGGCCAGCCUGCAGGCGGGUAUGGACCGUGUGCGGGACGUGGUGCGCGCCAGCACCUUCUCAUGCAUCAUGCAGAAGUGGGGAGGCAAGCGAGAGGUCAUGUACACAGCUUUCAAGGCCCUUGGCGAUUCGGUGGACUACAUUCAGGUGUGUGACUCUGACACUGUCCUGGAUCCAGCCUGCACCAUUGAGAUGCUUCGAGUCCUAGAGGAGGACCCCCAAGUAGGAGGAGUCGGGGGAGAUGUCCAAAUCCUCAACAAGUAUGACUCAUGGAUCUCCUUCCUGAGCAGUGUGCGGUACUGGAUGGCCUUCAACGUGGAGCGGGCCUGCCAGUCCUACUUUGGCUGUGUGCAGUGUAUUAGUGGGCCGUUGGGCAUGUACCGCAACAGCCUCCUCCAGCAAUUCCUGGAAGAUUGGUACCAUCAGAAGUUUCUAGGCAGCAAGUGCAGCUUUGGGGAUGACCGGCACCUCACCAACCGAGUCCUGAGCCUGGGCUACAGGACUAAGUAUACAGCGCGCUCCAAGUGCCUCACAGAAACCCCCACCAAGUACCUCCGGUGGCUCAACCAGCAGACCCGCUGGAGCAAGUCUUACUUCCGGGAGUGGCUCUACAACUCUCUGUGGUUCCAUAAGCACCACCUCUGGAUGACCUACGAAUCAGUGGUCACAGGGUUCUUCCCCUUCUUCCUCAUAGCCACAGUCAUACAGCUUUUCUACCGUGGCCGCAUCUGGAACAUUCUCCUCUUCCUGCUGACGGUGCAGCUGGUGGGCAUUAUCAAGGCUACCUAUGCCUGCUUCCUUCGGGGCAAUGCAGAGAUGAUCUUCAUGUCCCUGUACUCCCUUCUCUAUAUGUCCAGCCUCCUGCCAGCCAAGAUCUUUGCCAUUGCUACCAUCAACAAAUCCGGCUGGGGCACCUCUGGCCGAAAAACCAUUGUGGUGAACUUCAUUGGCCUCAUCCCUGUGUCCAUCUGGGUGGCAGUCCUUCUGGGAGGACUGGCAUACACAGCUUAUUGCCAGGAUCUGUUCAGUGAGACGGAGCUAGCCUUCCUUGUCUCUGGGGCCAUCCUGUAUGGCUGCUAUUGGGUGGCCCUUCUCAUGUUGUAUCUGGCCAUUAUUGCCCGGCGAUGUGGGAAGAAGCCAGAGCAGUAUAGCUUAGCUUUUGCUGAGGUGUGACAUAACCCUCAAGCAGAGCCGGAAAAGUGCAAUGGGUAAGGGAGGGAAGGGGAAUGGAAGAGAAAAGAUGGGGUGGGAGGGAGGAGGGAAUGCUGUUUUAGUUUCUUAAGGGUCCAAAGGACAAAUCUGAAGUGCAAAGAAAGGUGACUGUAGUAUGGCCCUGGGCUGUUUUGCUUAGGGAAGGCAACACCAAUUCCAGCUCAGGGUGGUAGAGGAGACAUGUUUUCAGGCUGCCUGUCUGCUACACGGUGGUCUCUGGGAAAGAUUCCACUCCUGCCCCAGGAUCCAGAGGGAACUCAGAAGUGUGUUAAAUCAAACAAUAAGUUCCAAUCAGUAGCAACUUCUGAUAGGUAAGUGAGCAAAGCCAGCUGUGGGAAGGGGUUCUCUUAGCCCAUUUGAACACAACCAGAGGUGGGGAGAGAAUUUGAGAUCUGGGCCAGCUAGUAAUGUCUCCCCCCUCCAUCGAGUUAUCAAUGCAAUAAGAUUGUGCCUGAGAUACAAGGCCCAGAAGCCUGAUCUCUGGGCAUCAGAAAACAGGGUACAGGAAUGGUGCUUUAUUAUGUGUACCCCAUUCCACAUCUCAAGGAUGAGCCAAACUAGCAGGGAGUUAGCAUUGAACUGCUUUAAGUGUACAUAAAUGUGAAUGUUAAAAGGGAAAACUUGCCAGGAGGAACAAAGGUUGGUAGUGGUGCUCAAGGCUAUGGGCUAUAUGGAGGCCUAUAUAGAUUCCACCUGGAAACUGCCUAGACAUCUAGAUGAACUUGUCUGCUGAGGAGAGAAAAUGUUUCAGUCAUCUACCAGGGAGAUUAAACCCCAACAUACUAAGAAAGGAAGUGAGGGCUCAGUAUUUCAACCUGUGUACUCCUGAAGUCCUCUUAAAUUCAGCUGAGUCCUAAGAUGGCCACCUCACUGAUUUCAAGUGAUGUAGUCACCUCUUUGCCCUCCUCCUCAUCAGGUAAGUUUCUCAAGGUGGCAAGUGAGUCAGCGCCUGGACUCUCACAGGCUCCUCUGUAACAGGCAAGCCUGCCCUCAGCACAUGGGGCAAACCUACUAGGAGCCUCUGACCAAAUUGGCUACCAUCUUGGAACUGCUUGGGACGAUCAUCGGCAACUGGGUAGCAUGCAUGACUUUCAGGCUACAAUUCUUUUUUUUUUAAUAUAUUUUUUAUGAAAUAUAUUAAAUUUUAGAAAGGAAGGGAGAGGGAGAGAUAGAAACAUCAAUGAUGAGAGAGAAUCAUUGAUUGGCUGCCUUCUCGAGGCCCCCUACUGGGAUGGAGCCCACAACUGGGGCAUGUGCCCUUGACUGGAAUUGAACCUGGGACCCUUCAGUUGGAAGGCCGACGCUCUAUCCACUGAGCCAAGCCAGCCAGGGCCAGGCUACAAUUCUUGACAAUCAUCUCUGAUGGAAAGCUUUUCAGUUUCCCUAAGUGAACCCUCAAAGCCAAGCUGGUCAUCUCUGAGACUGUCCAUUCUCAGUGGCUUCUCCAGGGAAUUCUUACAGCCAAGCUGUGGAUAGUCACUCCUGCAUUUGCUUCUUUCCAGAAACCAAACUAGGAGAUGGAAUUGAUUCCUAAAUCCUAAGGUUCUUGCUUUCUCAUUCCUUCUACUUUUGGUGGGAAAUGAGGGAAAGCCAUUUUCUAGAGCUUGGCAGUCCACAGACUAUUCUCAGCUCUUGGGUUUGAAACCUGGAUCUUGACUAAGCCUCUUAGGGGCUGCUUGCUCGUGUGUGCUGUCUCCAAACAUCCAUUCUCCGAGGGUCCAACUAACCCCUCAGAAUGAGCACUAAGGUAGAGAGGAGUGGAGGGGCAAGCCUCUAGUGUACCCAGGUGCUUCCUACAAAGGAACAGUGUGCUCUGAGCCACAGACUGGCAAACCCUGGUGCUUUCCUUCAACUCCCAUGAACUCAAGGGUUUUCCAAGUGCAGCCAACACGGCUGCAUCACACAGACCUCAAGUUUCUGAUAAGACUGCUGGGCGAUGUUGGGCCCAAUCCAUGAAGGCUCUUAGAAGAGGCAGCAGCCAUUUGCCAAAGGCAGUUGUUCCAGGCUCUUCCGUGUUUUUGCUGGCCAAGAAGUAAACUAUUUUGAGCACUACAAUGGAGGAAAUCCGGUCAGCCAACUGCAGAGCUCAGACUUCGCUAAGGGCUGUUUUUCUUCAGCUUUCCCUCGAAGGGUAACAUAUGAUGGGCUCCCAGAUGGCAAGCUCUUGGCUGUCCUACCAUCAGCUCUGCCUUACACCGUUAUCAACUUUCCUCAUAUCAAAAGUAGUGGGCUCACAACGUUUGACCUCGACUGGUUUUUCUAAGUUAUUUUGUACAUUUUUCAGCAGUGAAACCAAACUGGGUCUUCAGCUUUAUCCCCGUUUCUUGCAAGGGAAGAGCCUUUAUACAAUUGGACACAUUUUGGUUUUUCCUCAUUGAGAAUUUUAACUGACUUUUUGUAUUGUUUCUACAAUAAUUUGUAAACAUAUUUAUUUUUACCUUUUUUUUAACUUUUCAGGUCAGUUUUUAUACUGCACAUAUUUGUCAAAAUAAAGAUUCUCUCAUA